AACCCGAGGCCUGUUCCUCUGGGAGAGGCGCCUCUUCCUCCAUCUGGGAAAGGAGGCUGGGACCCAAGGCCCAGCUCCAGCCCACUACUACUACCACCACCAACAACCACCCCACCCCCAACCCCCGCUUAUUGAUUUGACCUGUCACUGGACACUGACGGGGUAAUGGGGGCUGGGGCUGGGAGUUGGGCUCUGACAGAUGCAGCCGGUCAUCCCCAUGAAAUCUCACCUAUUGCCAGCACUAAUUAUGUUGUAGUGGCUUUUUGUACUGCACCGGUUCUUAUUAUUAUCCCACAACCUCGGGUAGUCUGGUCCUUAUCUUAGUCCUCAUGCUUAUAUUAUUCGAGUAAUCUUGGGCCACUGGUAGAGUGGCUAUUCCGAUCUCACCCAUGGCACGUUGACAGCCUUUUAAUUGUAAAAGGCGGUCGUAAACUGCAAUUGGUUCAUUGAUAUCUUCGACCAGCGAGCCGCUUCGCCGAAUCAACCUGCUGCGGGCAACUGGUGGUGGUAAUUUAAGACAGACCUUAUCAGUGAUGCCAGCACCCUGGCACUGUAAUUUCAACGUGGUCUUUUUGAGACUUCGAAUAUCAGAAAGGGUCCAGUGUAUCAAUACUCGAACAUGAGAAAACCGAGUAGCACUUGAUCAGGAAUUGCUGUGUGUAGAUACAGCAGAAACCACAUGUUGCAUUUUGUUCAAGUUUUAUGUCAAGCUUGCUGAUGAAGAAUGAGGUAAAGAAGAUUAUAUGAAUGGGCAUGCUCACCCUCCCCUUCCAUCUGAAGCAUGAUGAUUACAAAAGUGAAUUAUGUUUUAAUGUAAAGUUGCCUCCCAUAUUCCAUGUGUUUUGUGCUUUCAAGGAGAUGUUAGCUUUGUUUAUAAAACAGUGUCAUGCCUCACUGAUAUGGCAAAAAUCAGUUUUAUCUCGACAAAAAUCACAUCCUUAUAAGUUGCUUUACAAACGGUUCUGUCUUGAUGUCAAACUAUCAUAGCUGGAGAUAAUUUUGUUUUGCUUUGCUUUUUAAACUUUAAAGUGAAUUUUCAGUACUAGGAAACAACCAUGUGGUGGGAAGGAGUGGGGGAGAACAGUUUUUACUUCCUCUGGCUUCUGGGGGAUGCCUUUUGAAAUUGUUGAUACGCAUCAGGACUUGAGUCCUGGCAGAUAUUGGUACUGGCCUGGACAUGGCUUUAUUGAGAAGAGGCAAAGGGUGCAAAUCAGUAACAGUAAAUUUUAAAUGCAAUCUAAGGAUAUGUUGUCAAAGAUGUACCACAGCAUUUGACAGGGUAUGUGCUGAGGCUGUUUCUGCUGGCUACUAAGUGAAGAACUAAGGCUAAGGGUCUCAGGAUAAGGGGGUUGGCUGUUUAGGAUGGACAUGUGAAAGUUCCCAUUGUUGUGAAACUUGAAAAUUUGCACCCCAGGGGGCUGUGGAUGCUCAGUCGUUGAAUAUAUUCAAGGCUUAGAUGGAUGAAUUUUUUUGGAGUAUGAUGGGAAAGUGGAGUUGAGGUGCAGCCAUGAUCUUGCUAAAUAGUGGAGCAGGCUUGAAGGGCUACUUUGUUCCUAUUUCUUGUGUAGCUAAAUAAUCCUUCAGGGCUGCUGGGGUGCAGUGUACAGGCUUUCUGCCUCCUAUCCAUUUGUAAGGGGAUACUGGCAAAGAGAGCCCUGUAAAUACCUAGUUGUCACUGAGUUCCCUGGAGGGAACAGUCAACCCAACAGUUGACAAGUCCUAUUCCAAAAGCCAUGAUGAUUUGGACUAAGUAGUUGAUCAGCAGCUAUGUGACAUUGCAUUUGGAGAUCUUGAGGUGACUGGCAUAAUGUAAGUUGUCUUGUAAAGGAAGCUGUUUAUCUUCCUGUUAAUUAGGAAAUGUUGUGCCAAUGAGUGCUAACAGUUGUUACCUGAAAGCUGGUGUGAUUUGUUCUUGUCUAGGGUUUGGCACCUGCCAUGUUGGGUUGCAGAGAUCCAGCAGUUGCUGCUGUAGCUUCAGACUUUCUGGUGGGAGGGAGGGUAUUCUGUACAGUAGCCUGGAGGGUGGUGACAAUGUACUCAGAACAACAUAAUUCACGAUAAAAUGUGAGGAGCCUAUUACACUUCAAUCCAUGCUUGUUGAUUGUCUAAUGACAAGUUGGUAACUUCUUUAUUGGAGGGGCAUGCUUGAUUAUCCUUGGGUUGAAGUGGAUCCAUCAUGACCUGCCUGGCAACCGAUGGGAACCAAUGCAACGCUUUGUAAUGGACUAGCAAACCAGUCAGGUUGCUUUUUGCACUAAUCAAGGGUGGCUCACUGAUGGAACUGGGGAAGGAAACCUACUUCAUGGGAAAGGAGUUAUUUUGAGUCUGAUUUGGAUAAUCCUGCAGGCUAAAGCCCUGCUAAUUAGGCAAGCCCUAGCUGGUUGAACAUGAGAUGAAUCUCUAAAGGAACAUUGUGUACUUCAUUGAGUGACUAGCAACUCAGAUAUACAAGAAAUUGACAGUGAAUCACUGGACUCAAAGACAGAUGAGCAGAAGGAAGAUCAUCCAACUGGAGCGCGUGUAGUUGCUGGGCAGAUCAUAAACUCCAAAGCAGAUCUCUGGGAAGAUAAAGAUGAAGAACACCAGCAUACUUCUGAUGAAGAGAGUCCAGCCACUGACAGUGUGGACAAUGUUAAAGAUCAAACAGCAAUUGGUGGCACUGCUGAUGGGGAGCCCUGCAUAUUUCCUUUCCUAUUUAUGGACCAGGAAUAUUUUAGCUGCACCACUGAUGGACGAGAUGAUGACCGAUUCUGGUGUGCAACAACCUACAACUAUAAUCAGGACCACAAGUGGGGAUUUUGUGAAACUGAUGAAGAAGCCAGUCAAAGAAAACUUGCACAGGAAGCAGAGAGACUUUAUCAUACCGCAAUGAAAAUGAUAAACAGUACAAGUAAAAAAAAUCAAAAAAAAGAAGGCUAUAAAAUACUUGUGAAAGCAGCUGAUAUGGGAAAUACCAAGGCCAUGGAGAAAGUGGGCUAUGCCAUGCUGUUGGGUGAUUACCUGAAGUUGAACAUUGGAGCAGCUAAGAAUUUCUUUGAGACAAUUGCAGAGCAGGGCUCUCCAAAAGGUCAAACAGCCCUUGGAUUCCUUUAUGCAUCUGGAGUGGGAGUCCACUCAAGUCAAGCUAAGGCAUUGGUAUUUUACACCUUUGGAGCACUUGGAGGAAACUUGUUGUCACACAUGAUUUUGGGUUAUAGAUAUUGGGCUGGCAUUGGAGUCCCUCAGAGCUGUGAAUCUGCACUAACUCAUUACAAAUUAGUGGCAAAUUAUGUUGCCAAUGAUAUAUCUUUGACUGGUGGUAAUGUUGUUCAGAGAAUUCGUCUUCUUGAUGAAGCUGAAAACUCAGGUGUUGGCAGUGGAAUGCUGGAAGAUGAUUUAAUCCAAUAUUACCAGUUCCUGGCUGAAAAGGGAGAUGUCCAAGCACAGGUUGGACUUGGUCAAUUGCAUUUGCAUGGAGGAAGAGGUGUGGAACAAAAUUUUCAGAGAGCCUUUGAUUACUUUAAUCAAGCAGCAGCAACUGGGAACUCCCAAGCAAUGGCAUUCCUUGGCAAGAUGUACUCAGAGGGUAGUAAUGUUGUGCCCCAGAAUAAUGACACUGCUUUUCAUUAUUUCAAGAAAUCUGCAGACAUGGGUAAUCCAGUUGGACAAAGUGGCCUUGGAAUGGCUUACUUGUAUGGAAAGGGUGUCCCAGUGAAUCAUGAAUUGGCCCUGAAGUACUUUCAGAAAGCUGCUGAACAGGGUUGGGUGGAUGGACAGCUCCAGCUGGGUUCCAUGUAUUACAAUGGUGUAGGUGUGAAGAGAGAUUACAAACAAGCCUUGAAGUAUUUUAACCUCGCCUCACAAGGUGGACACAUACUGGCUUUUUAUAACCUGGCUCAAAUGCAUGCAAUAGGCAGUGGUGUGAUUCGAUCUUGUCAUACAGCUGUUGAGUUAUUUAAAAAUGUCUGUGAGCGAGGUCGCUGGUCAGAGCGGCUAAUGUCUGCUUACAACUCUUACAAAGAGGGAGACACUGACUCGGCAUUAGUACAGUACUUGUUAUUGGCUGAACAAGGCUACGAGGUGGCCCAGAGCAAUGCUGCAUUCAUUCUGGAUCAAAAAGAAGCUAAAAUUUUUGGCGAGAAUGAAACUUAUCCACGAGCACUGUUGCACUGGAAUAGAGCGGCAGCACAAGGUUAUACAGUUGCAAGGAUCAAACUUGGAGAUUAUCAUUUCUAUGGUUACGGCACAGACAUUGACUAUGAAACUGCAGUAAUUCAUUAUAGACUUGCCUCUGAGCAACAGCACAGUGCCCAGGCCAUGUUUAACUUGGGCUACAUGCACGAAAAGGGUUUGGGCAUUAAACAGGAUAUCUACCUUGCAAAGCGGUUUUACGACAUGGCUGCAGAGACCAGUCCUGAUGCUCAAGUCCCUGUCUUCCUUGCACUUUGUAAACUAGGCAUGAUGUAUUCACUAGAUUACCUGAGUGAAACCAAAUUCCAAGAGAUGUGGAUGCAGAUUGACUUGGACAUGUUGCUGGGCCCUGAGUGGGAUCUUUACCUCAUGACUAUACUUGCUCUGCUAUUGGGUACUGUGAUUGCUUACAGGCAAAGACAGCAGCAGCCGGAGCUGCGGGCACCAGGCCCCCAGCAGCCAGAGCCUCAACGUGAGCAACAAUAGCAGUCAGUACAGGUCUUUCCUCCCACAUCUGCCAACCCUUGUCCCCUCCAAACUGUUUGUUUAUGCAGCAAGAAAAAGUUGGACUCCUGACUUGUAUGAAGUGCACAUUUUCUUAAUAAAACAAGGCCUAUUUUCAGGCUUACUGAGUUUCUAAGCUAUUUUGAUCAUCAGAAGAAUAGUUUUAUAUGAAGUUUAAAAAAACUUCUGGUCUCUUGAACUUCAAAAAAAAACACUGUUGAUUUACUUGGCAUUUUCCAGCAGUUAUGUAUUAAAUUUGUCUGUUUUGAGCAUAAAGCUGAAUUGUUUUUCAUUAGAAGAUAUACAUAACUAACAAAUCCUACACGAGAGUCUUCUAGAAGUGCCACUACGAAGUAUAAUAAUGCACAGCCACAGAAUAAAGCAUUGCAGUUAAUUGCCAAUAGAACUUUGCCAGUACUUCAGCUCUUCUAUCGAGAACUUCCUCCUUUUAGUUGAAUUUGUCAACUAACUGACCCAGUUUUGAAGACCAUUGCUUUCCACAGCCAUAUAUGUCCUUGUGGAGCAUUACUGGAUGUGUUUGUAGGAAGGUGUUUUUUUGGCUACAGAAAGACUUUGUGGAGAGUUGAUAAAUGCAACAAUGCAUUUGUCUAUUUUGGGCUUAAUUUUACAAACCUGGGAGCAGUUAUCUAAUUUAAAGGAAUAUUUUAACAUUUGACUAACUCCAAAGAUGUUUCAGUUCCUCAUUAGAAAAGAGAUCCUUGAUGAUUAAUUUUAGUUAUUGUCAAUCUUACUUCUACAGAUUUGAUUUUACAAAGCAAGGAUCAAAAAUCCUGAAACUAGCAUGAAAAUUUGAGUGAACUGUUUAAUUUUCAAUCUGAUAACUUGUGUUUUAUUUGAUCAGAAUGUUUUUUAAGAAAGAUUAAAUGUAUGUAGCCAAAUCUGAGCCUGCAGUCAGUUUGGCCUUUCGCCUUGAACGAAGUGAAUCAGAAAAAGCAAAAUAUUGUGGAUGCUGGAAAUUUGAAAGGGUUUAAAAAAAAAGCUGGAAAUACUGGCAGCAUCUCAAAUUUUCUCUCCACAAAUGCUGUCUGACCUGUAUAUUUCCAGCAUUUGUUUUUAUUUCAAUCACAUUAAUAGCUGGAAGUAGAAAUGCAAGCUGAAGCACAAUGGGCUUUCUUGAAGCCUGUUUAACUUUGUGGGCUAGCAUUGAUGUUUAAUGAUGGAUCUGAAUAAUUGUUAAAAGCAGAGCGGAAGGUCGAAUUGCAGCUUGACUCAUGAUGCCUUUUACAAUGGUGAGACACUAUAACGAUGGUGUGAUACUAUUAAGACAGAUGUGGGGGAGACAGGGGAGGUUGGGGGGGCGCUCUCCUUUAUAGUUUAGGCAACCUGCUUGAACAUGAUCAUCUCGUCAAAAGCCAGACUAUAGCCCUAGUAAAAGACUUCACCCCCCCCCCCCCGCCUUUUUUCGGAGAUCAAUACCUUAUAAUGGCUGCACUUUGUAUUGAGAUUAAAGCUAAAUUUUGAAAGUACAAGUCCCCCUUUAAAAUGGCAGUGGGAUUCUUAGCUGAAUUGUAAAUGUACUAUACUGUAAAUGCAAUAAGGAAAGCUGUGUAAAAUUGUUUAAAAAUGUUAAUAAGGUGUACAGACUUUUUUAAUGUAUGGUAACCUUUUGUGAAUUAAAUUCCAGCCCAAUUAGCCAGCAAACUGUAUAUUUAUGCUUGAAUUUUAAUAAAGUGUCCAGCUGCUGUA